UAAGGGUAGUUUUUCAUUUCGCUGAAGAUGAGGUGGAGUGGAAUGUGAAGAGAAUAUGUCUAUACGCUAGCUAGCUACAAAUAAAUAGUUUAGCUAGGUUAUUCUCACCAACACCGCAAUGGCAGGAAUAAUCAAAAAGCAAAUAUUGAAACAUUUGUCCAGGUUCACCAAGAACCUGUCCCCAGACAAGAUCAACCUCAGCACGUUGAAGGGCGAGGGUCAGCUGUCCAACCUGGAGCUGGAUGAGGAGGUGCUGCAGAACAUGCUGGACCUUCCCACCUGGUUGGCUGUCACCCGGGUCUACUGCAACAAGGCUGCAAUCAGGAUACAGUGGACAAAGUUGAAGACCAGCCCUAUUUGCCUGUUCCUGGACAAAGUAGAAGUGGAGAUGAGAACGUGUGAGGAGCCCCGCACCCCAAAUGGCCCCUCCCCUAUUGCCAUCACUGCUGGCCAGAGUGAGUAUGGCUUUGCUGAGAAGGUGGUGGAGGGUAUGUCAGUCAUCAUCAACUCUAUCACCAUCAAGGUGCAGUCCCGUGCCUUCCACGCCUCCUUCGAGCUCUGGCAGCUCCAGGGUAACAGUCUCAACCCCAAAUGGCAGAAGACUGACCUCCGCUACACCCGCAUCACGGACCCAAAAAGAGGAGAGGUGUUGACGUUUAAGGAGAUCAACUGGCAGAGUCUGCGUAUCGAGGCUGAUGCCAUAGAGAGUGAGGACCAGGACCUGAACAGUACCCCACUACGCCUCAUCACCAACCAGGGACGCAUCCGCAUUGCCUUGAAGCGCAGGCUGAAGGACUGUAAUGUGCUGGCCUCUAAGCUACUCUUCAUCCUGGAUGACCUGCUGUGGGUGCUGACGGACUCUCAGCUCAAAGCUGUCAUCCACUACGCCAAGUCCCUGAGCGAGGCUAUGGAGAAGUCUGCCCAGCAGAGGAAGACCAUGGCCGCAAAGUCCCUACAGACUGCACCACCUUCCCCUGGUAUACACACUCUAUGGACAAACCCUCCACCCUCUCCCAGUGGUGGAGUCCCCAGUACCCUGGACCAGUACUUUGAUCAACACGAUGUCAAAGAGUCCUCCUACCACACCUUCAUCUCUCGUCUAGACCUGCACAUAUGCAACGACAGUUCCUCAGCAGACCCCGAUGAGCCUCCUCCUCCAUGCCCCCAUGGUGCAAUGCAGCUGACCUUCCGCAAGCUUGGUUUUGACUACUACCCCAUCCACAGGCCUGGUGAUGGCUGUCGGCAUUGGGAGCGUCACUGUGGGGCGAUGGAUGCCCGGGCCCAGUGGGCUGGCAUACUACUGCAGGAGUUCCAGAGGAGGGUGGAAGCAUCAGGGAUCCCUGGGCCAGACUCUAAGGUCCCCAACCAGGCCAAGGACUUCCCUGCCAAGAGGACCCAAGAUGGACAACCCAACCCCAAGGCCAGCCCUCCUGAAAGGGAGCAGAUCUCCAAGAGGACCUCGAUAGCACAACCUCUCCCGUUGAACCCUCUUAAGAGGCUCCGCUCCAGCUGUGUGGUGGUACGAAUGGAUGACCUGGAUAUACAUCAGGUGUCUACAGGGGGAUGCCACAGCAAGAAGACCCCGUCCUUAAUAUCCUGUAACCGCAAGGCCCUGAACCUAGCAGACAAUAUACCAGCCAUCCACCUGCAAUUCACAGAGUAUUACUUCCCUGACAACCCCGGUUUGCCUGUACCCAAUACUAACCUAUAUGCCCAACUGAACGGCCUACAGCUGUGCCUGGACCCAGCCAGUCUGCUGUGGGUCAACCUGUUCUCUAGGGGCCUGCUGCGUACCCUGGAGCAGGUCAAAGCCUUCUACCACCUCCAUGACAGCAGCAAGGCAGAGGAGCACAUGGACAUCCACAUGGACGCAGCUCAGAUCAAGCUGAUCAUUCCCCUGGAGUCGUCGAUCAUGGACCACCAGGACAGGCCCCAGUCCCUAAGCAUCACCGUUCCCCAGAUGGUCCUCAGCAACACACGCCACUCCCCCCACGGCACCCGGGCCGACCUCCACUCCACCUACAGCAGCUUCUCCACCUGCCACUUCUUCCAGUCAACUCCCCCUUGCUCCUUCCCCCGAGACCAGAGCUCCUUCCUCCCCCUACCCUCUGCCUUCCUCCAUCACUCCCUGGAGAUGGAGCCCCUGUCCCUCUCUGAGAGGAGGCCCCUAAGGCCCAAGGAUGUCUGGUUCUUCAGCCUGUCCCGUCUGUCCAUGAGCUUCGAGGGGGCGAGGAAAAGCAACAGGGGCAGAGCUCACCCCUUCGUGGAGCCUUUCACCAUUUCUGUGUGGAUGUGUCGUCCGUCUGUGUUUAAGGUCAGUUCCCUAGUCUCCUCCCCCAAUGAACCAGCUCCUGUUGAUCCCAACCUUAAAACCCCAGAACAGCAGGAAAACCAUCUCCCGCCCAACCUGGAACACAACCAGGACAGUCGACAGGAGGUUGCAGUGGCUUCUAUCCACUUCCUGGCCCAGGCCAUCACACCGGUCAAGGUGUGGCUCAACCACUACCAGUAUGUUGCCCUGUUGCGGAUGAAGGACACCCUGGCCAGGCUGGGGCACGAGUUGGGCCGGGACACCAGGGACUCUAAGCAGGCCAAGGGCCAGGAGGCUGACCCCCCUACGGUGUGCCUAGCCCUCCUAAUGGACUCAGUGGAGCUGGGGCUCCUGCUACCACCUGCAGCCACGGAGCCAGAGGAGGCCCACAACCCAGGGUCUGAAAGCCCCAGCCUGACAGACUCCGAUCUCUCCCCCACUCACCAGGCUACUUCACCAGGCCCUCUGGAGGACAGUGGGAUAGGAAACACCACUGCCACCAUCAACAGCUCUCCUCCCCUUGAGCAGGAGGUGGAGGGUGUAGUAGAUGAGGCCAGCGAGGCAGUGGAGGUCAUGGAGGGGGAGAUGGCCCAGGGGGAUGGCAGUGGUCCUGUUCUCUCUCCUCCCUUCUCCCCUGAACACCAUCACUCCCUCCUGUCCAGGGACCCCUCUACCUUCAGCCUGGAGGGAGAGCUGUCCACUGCCCUCACCUCAACCAAGGACGUCACCAAAGAUGCCUUUAGUGCCUCCCUGGACCUGACUAAAGGGGCGUUCUCCAUCACAAAAGAUGCCUUCAGCUUCAUGAGUCGCGGGUCGGGGAUGAGCAAGCUGUUCAAUCCACAGGCGAAGGAGCAGCGCCCUGAGGAGGGGUCCCCCAUAGCCAGCCUGCGGCUCCAGUCCAUGAACCAGUCUCUCUCGCAGCACUCAUUUGACAGUGCUAUCCUGGACGGCAGCCUACCCAACGACCACCUCUCAGUGGAAAACGAUGCCAGUGAGAACUUUGUCAUCCUCAUGGAUGACUCAGGGGUAGUGUCCAUGAUGCGACCCAAUGGCACCCCGGGGCCCAGUGGAGGCAGUCCUGCCCUGGGGACAGAGGGGGGGUCCUCAGCUGACCUGAGCAGCUCCCUGUCCCAGAGCAUUGAGAACAUCACACAGGACACAACCUCUGUGUUGUUGCUGGUGCUCAGUGGGAUGGCCUGUGUGGCAGACCUGAAGGGAGAGGACCUGGUGGUGGCAGUGGAGGCCCAGGAUCUCAUCCUAAGACAGAUGGGCAACGUCAGGGUCUCUGACCUGCUGACUGAACUGAUGCCAGUGCCUGGUGGGUCUACCGUUGGCCACAGGCAAGGCUGCAGGGCAGUUCCCGUGGUGGGCAUACGGAUGGAGAUGGGUCCUUCUGCAGCGCGGCAUGGUUCUCUAUCUGGGUUGGUGGGUCACCUGGAGCUGGGUGUGCGAGACUGUCAGGUGGAUCUGUUGGUUUCUACCCUGGCCACCUUGGGGCCCUUCCUGGAGGAUGAGCUCAGUGCGGACAUCCAACCCAUUAAGAUCCGGCUGGAAAACAUCACUAUCACUCUGAAGGAUGAUGGUCCCAAGGUCUACCCCACGGCCCCCCAGCCCCAACCUGUCACCUUUACCGUAGACCAGGUGGUUGUGGAGCGAUCUGAUGACGGCAUUUUGAGAAUCAAAGGUGGUGAAGGCACAGUCCCAAGAGACUCAGCAGGUGGUGCUGUGGUAUGUUUGGAGAAGCCAGACUGUUGGACAGAACGAACACUGUCGAUCACGAAUACUUUCCUGGAGUCGCAGCUAUUGGAAGCUCAGUCGGCCCUCUCUCAAGCACUCACUGACCGAGAGCGUCUCCUCUUGGAAGUCAGGAAGUAUGACCCCAUGUUUGACCUGUGACCGCUUUACUUCCCCGGCCAGCAGAGGGCAAUAUACUGGCACUACAUCAAUAAGGGAGUAAAGGAACUGAUAGAAAUGUCUGGACAAAAUUAGCUGUCUGAACCCAGGCAUAUGACAAUUUCUAAAGAACAGUGAUGAGUACCUAACAGUGGAAUCCACCCUGAUGGUUCCAAAGUUCAAGCUCUUGUAAUGAAUUGCACAAACAAACAGUGUGUCACUUCCAGAGAACACAUAGGGGGCCCCUGUAGAAAACAGGUGUUCUACUGUAGUCACUCUUUACACACUGACGGGUAUUGCUGUACAUUUAAAGCUAUUUACACCUAGUUUGAAUUUAAACCACCAUAGAGAAUAGUUGACUCAUUGUUGUGCUGCACCUCACUGGCCAUCUAUCUUUAGCAAAUAUUUUAUUUGAAGAACACAUGCCAAAAUUAGUCUACUAUGCAGUCUUCUAUGCAGAGAACUGUCAGUUUAGUAGUGUUAAGAUUCCAUUGAUGUUGUUUCCUGUACACAUCUUUCAAUGUCAGGCAUGCCCUGUGAAGACCACUAGAGCUCUAGGAAUGUUGGUGUGUGGGUUUACAAACACCCACCAAGCUGCAACUAUAAAACUGUUCGCUAUUGUAAAGUAGAUCCUGUUCAUAGUUGUACAUAACUGUACGUCUGUAUAGUUAGUAGCUGGUAUUUUAGAUGCAUUCAUGUAACGUUGUUUAGGAUGAUUGUGUAUUAAAUAGAAGUGGGGAAGGGAAAGAAAACCACUGACUUAAAGCAGUACUGCAUUGUAAACAUGGAGCUCCUGUCUGUGGGAUCACCAGACACACCUCCGCAUAGCUAUCCUUUUGAAUGGUUGUGUAUCUGAGAAGGGGAAAGCUCUAUCCACACUGUUCUCAGAUACCAGGUCAAAAUGUUCCCGUCUUAUUUUUCUUGCAUUUAAAAAAAAAAAAAAAAAAAACGUAUAUGAACGGUAAAACUAAAUUUGGUGGUUGAAUGUUCAGAUGACACAUGCUUUCUGAUCUUUUGAGGACAGUUAAGACAAUGGUUAUGGUACAUUAACUGGUUUAGUUUGUUACUUGAGAGGUGUACCCUGCACUCAGACAGGUAUUGGUUGAUCUCCUUUACUCACCCAUCUGCAUGGAGAAACACCAUCUAGGUAUAUACUAAUACCUCACUGACCAUCCACAGAAUUAGACUUCAAUAAGUCCUUCUGCUAUGUCUAACUUUUAGAGGAGGGGAGUGGAUUGGGGUAUAUUCAUCUAUGGUUAGAAGCCCCUGUUUUGGAUCCCAGUGUGGAUGAAAUGUAGUGUUAUUAUUUUGAUAUGAACUGUUACAGGCAGUCAUGAAUAUUUACUUUUUACAGCUAUUUUAAAUAAUUUUUGAUAAGACAGUCUUGCUACUAGCCAUCUCAACAAACACAUCAGAUCAAAGAAUACAUAGAGAUACUGCAUCUUAAUUGCGUAUAUACACACAAAAUGUGUAAAAUGCUAAUGCUUUUAUCUACACUAAAACUGACAGGUGCACUAAUGCCAAUUUGUUGUCUUCUACCCAUUGGAUACCUUUCUAUUACUAUGGAACACCUGUGAAGCCUUUGUACUAAUUGGAGUUAUAUUAUUUAAUGUGGUUAUAUAAUUAGAUUUUUGUUAGUAAUUAUAGGAUAUCUAAUGUGGAGUUGACAAAGUUUAUUAUUUCUAAAAUGUUUGUCUCAGAAGAUUGGUACUUAAGAGGAGAGACAUUGGGUUAACGUGACUUAGAUCAAAGUCACACUCAGCAAAACAAGUGUGAAUAGGGAGAAAGUCAAUUGUGUCAAGAGACUUGUGUAUGUGGUAUGGUGCUAACAAGGUAACUAACCCUUGGUUGAGCUUUUAGCAUCAUUCUCCACUCUCUUCUGAGUGGAACUGCGAGACCUCUGGUGGCCAUAAUAAUAUACCACUAUACCAAGCCUCUGGGCUUGUUUCUCUGGUUGCCUUCUGAUAUUAAUGUAUGAAUGAUAGUGUUACAUUCUGAUUGAGAGAUGUAGCAUGAAGCAAAGGAUGAAUUAUGUUGUACCCAUAGCCUGAGAAUGGUUUUAAGCAAUUAUUAUUAUUUUUUUUAUGUAAAAGUGAAAAUGCCUAAGAUUAACAAAUUAACUUGUCUAUAAUGUGUCAGUUUUUUCCCUCGUCAUGCAUGUUUGUAUUUGAACAUUCCCUAAAGGUCACAUUCAGUGUAACAAAGUAGUGAUUCCGUUACGAAUAAUAUCAACAACUCUCAGAAAAUACAUACUGCUACCCAAUUGUUUUUUUGAUUGUAGAUAUUUGCUUUUAGUUGUUUUUUUUUUUGCAUGGCCUUGGCUGUAGCUAGGUUUCCAUCCAAUUGGCGACAGAUUUUCAUGUGAAUAUUCUAUAAUCCGCAUUAAAACAAUAUGUCCAUGUUCCCAUCAGAGUCGUUUCCAUCAUAUUGAUUUGUUGCGGUUAAAGGUUGUGCGCGAUGUAGUGCACAUAAAAAUAACUUUUGCGGUUAAAUUCCCAUUCAGGGCUCGACCCACCCCGUGUAUAAUUAAGAACAACAAGCGAUGCAGGCGAAACAGACAGGGUAGGCUUAGAUACUUGAGAACAUUUUGUCUCAAAAUGUAUUUCUUUUUAAGCAUAAAUACAUUUGCACAAUUAGCAUAGACAUGAGAUUGGUCAAAACAAGACAUGGUAUCAAUAACAUUAUAAACUGGAUUGUUCGAGCCCUGAAUGACGAUUGGAUGAAAGUACCGUUUACCACGGGUUUGACAAAACAUUUAUUUUUACUGCGCUAAUUGCGUUGGUAACCAGUUUAUAACAGCAAUAAGCCACCUCAGGGGGUUGUGGUAUAUGGCCAAUAUACCACGGCUAAGAGCUAUUUGAUCAAAUAAAAGUUUCGCAAUGAUUACGUUGUUAGGAGUCUACUGAUAGAAGUAGGAUGGAUUCGUGACAAUCCGGUAACUUUGAGGGAAAAAAAACACUUCUAUAGUUUGUGUUUGGUCUUCACAAACUACCACAGCUUCAAAGCAAACACCGCCCAUUUCUAAAAUAUAUAUUUUUAAAAUGUGAUUUUAAAUGUAACCCCAGCCACACUGCUAACCGUAUGCCUAACCUUAAAUUAAGAACAAAAAGCACGUUUUUGUUGAUUCAUUUUCACGUAGCCAAUUUUGACUUUGUGCCUGUGACGAUAACUAGUGGAAACCGAUGUGCAUGUAUCUGCACGCUCAUUGGCUAUAAUGGUCCCACCGCCUCCCGACUGCCUUCCAUUUUUGAAGACGUUUAAUUGUUUGAGCAGCCACUAGAGUAUCUGGUCAAUAUCAUGGAUAAUCUGUGAUACGAGGUGAAACGAGACACAUUUGAUUUCCCACAUAGCUAGCAACAAUGACAAGAGGCUGCCAUCUGACCUUUCAGAAUCAUAAUGCACGCCUUCCUGCCAUAUCGAUGCGCGCACAUUUUCUUGACGUUGUCAGCCAAUCCGUCUAAACCUGGUUAUUGUAAGUGAUGUGGAAGGAAAGCUGCAGUUGUAUGACUGACUAAAAUCCAUGCUCACCCCCUCCUUAGAACAACUCUGUAAACCCUCUCCAUCCGCAGCAGGAUGGAGAGGGCUCAGCCCCCAGCCAGCUUCCACUCAGCCCCCAGCCAGCUUCCUCUUCACAGGGGGCAGCCUGUCAAGUUACACUUCUGCUGCCUCUUCAACUGAUCUGGGUUACCAUGACAACAGCCCCGAGCCAGCCAAAUAGUGCCAUGCAUGAGGGGGUGGGCCUGGCAUACUCUGUCCCUUUAGUUAUUAGAAUGACUUUGCAAGAAUAUAGUAUUCUCAUUGUUGUGUAGUGAGUGUGUACAUGUAAUAAUCAAAUGGAUUAUUUAUUUUGCUCUGUGGAUUAUUUGCACUUUUAAGUGUGGUACAUUAACUGUAAAUUGCACUUUUAGUGUGACAGUGAGAAUCAUCCCAGAGAAGAUAAUGUCCUGAUACAUUUGUUGAGACCCUCUGACUGUGUUUUGUCAAAUUUGUGUAACAUUUGCUUAGAAUUCCUCACCCAAGAUGUUUUAAUGUCAUUCAAUAAGACUUAUGUAAACUUGGUUCUGUGAACCAAAUUAGUAUGUGAGAAUUUUUCUAAGUGAUAAAAUAUUGACGCAACCUUUA